GCAAGGCAUAUAAUAGCCUGCAAGGCCACAAAGGAAUUCAAGGUGACCUCUAAGCAACUAAAGAUCUUGGCCAGGACUGAGGGGGCGUUCCUGGGACUCUGGACAGGGCGGAGCUAGGAAAGGAAAGUAAGAGGAGUUUAUGAAGUCUGAAUAGAGUGCAAGACAAGCACUUCAUCAAGAGCACUUCUGCUUCAGGACACCACCGACAGUGUUUGCCCUAGGGAUGUGGGAGCUAGGACAAUUCCCACCACUUUAUGAUAUCUGAGGAGAUCACAGUCUCUUUCAUCUGGUGACAGCACCUCUUUACUCUGGACAGCUCCACUAGAGCCGAGGGUCCCCUGCUAACAGUCUCCUGGGACCUGGGACAGCUCCCAUAGCAUUCUGCAGGGACAGGGCUUCAUUCCCGAUGCUAUCAUUUUAUGGCCCCUUAUUUCCUAAUCAUGAGUAAUGACCGAGAAGGGUCCCCCGGGCCAAACCCCGUGCAGCCGGAGGCCAAGAAGACAGAGAUGCCGAUAGCCAGCAGCACUCCAGACAUGGCUAGUGGUGUGCAGAGUAUGGCAUUACCCUUCAGUGUGGAGGCUCUCAUCUCCGAUAGGAAACCAUGUACAACACAACUGCAUGAUCUGCUAAAAGAAGAUGGCGAUACAAAGUUAUCUACUAGUCUUCCUCUCCUGGAAGAAAGAUGCAGGCAAGACUCCGAAAGUAUUGGAGACCCAGGGACCAAUAGCUGGUACCAGAGUCCGCCAUACUCCUCACCCCCAAGACAUUCAAGCCCUCCACCAUGCACACUGAGGAAGCACAAAAAUAACAGGAAACCAAGAACUCCAUUUACCACCUCUCAGUUGUUGGCCCUGGAAAGAAAAUUUAGACAGAAGCAAUACCUGUCCAUUGCAGAAAGAGCUGAGUUUUCCAGCUCUUUAAACCUCACAGAGACUCAGGUGAAGAUUUGGUUUCAAAACAGAAGAGCUAAAGCUAAAAGACUUCAAGAGGCUGAACUGGAAAAGCUGAAAAUGAUUUCUAAGCCAAUGUUGACCUCUUUUACGUUUCCAUUUCCUUUAAAUGCUCAGAUAGGGUCAACAUCAGCAUAUGGACACACUAAUUCAUUACAGAGACAUGCUGUACCCAUGCCUGGACUUUUCGCUACACCUGUCACGUAUGGAAUGUAUUACCUGUCUUAGAACAGUGACAUGAAGACACUACUUAGUAGUAACCAUGCGGCAUCCUUACUACAGUACAAUAAUUUGUCAGCAGUACAGGUUUCAGGAAUUACAGAAUAUACUAUGCGCAUAUUUGCCCUUGGUGCCUUUCUCCUGAACAAAGUUUUGGGACUAUGUACGCAGCAAUUUCUAGUCCUGAAUAUGCUGCCUGUUAUUUCCUGGCUGGUGGGUGAAUUUAUAUGGCAGGGACAAUAUAAGAAACAACUUUACUAUUAGGUGCCUUUUGCUCAAGACAACUACAGUAUUGUAUGAUAUUUGUUUUCUCUUUUUUGUUUUAAAUAUAGCUGUCUAUUUUCAUCCAUCUUGCUGUCAGUUAAAGGAGUGCUCCGGUGGAAAACUUUUUUUUUUUUUAUCAACUGGUGCCAGAAAGUUAAACAGAUUUGUAAAUUAAAGUAAAAAUUUAAUGGGAGCUCUACAUAAAAAAGGAAUCCUAAGCCGAGGAUACUGUGUUGCACAUUACCCGAUGUGCCAAAUGUACUGCAAGAAAAACAAAAUACUGAAGCAGUCCUGCUAAGCUAAGGAUAAUAGAUAGAAAGAAAGAAAGUGGUAUAAGAAUAUGUCCAAUAAAUACAUUUUUUGAUUUAUUAUACAAUAUUAAAGUAGACAAUAUAAUGUUAUUAACAAAAAUGUCUUUUGCAGGGCCCUUGCAUCAGACAGAUAAUAAGUAUAAAAACAAAAAGUAAAAAUUAUUAAAACAUUUUUAUCAAAUAUAUAAAAAAAUAAUAUCAUGCACCAUUGGUAAGUAUAUUUCCCCUACUUGGCAUAUAAUAAUAUCAUGCACAAUUGGUAAGUAUAUUUCCCCUACUUGGCGUAUCAUAAUAUCAUGCACCAUUGGUAAGUAUAUUUCCCCUAUUUGGCGUAUAAUAAUAUCAUGUACCAUUGGUAAGUAUAUUUCACCUAUUUGGCGUAUAUUUUAGUAGCUCGG